AUGGAAGAUAAGGUUGUCAAAUUCCAUCGGUUUGUGCUGAGGGCCCGGUGACGUCAUAUCUACUACGAGUUAAGCCACACCUUUUUUUUAUUCACCACAAUGCAGGACUAACAUAAGAAAGUUCUCCAUCAGUUUCCAAGGUCCUAAAUUUCUUAACUCUCUUAGUUUUGAAAUUCGAAAUGCAACAAGUGCCGCUUCCUUUUUGCUGUAAGCUGAAAGCGUUCCUCUUAUCAUAAAUAGUAAUUUAUAUAAAUAUAUAUAUAUAUAUAUGUAUGUAUUUAUGUAUUUUUUUCUUCCUUUGCUCUUUUAUUUCCUUUUUGUCAUUUCGAUUUUUUUAGCCUAGAACUAUGAUUAGUACGACUAUCUAAUAUAAUUAUUUUAAGAUUUACUGUAGCUCUACCAUUGAUUUUCCCAUGUGUAAUUAUGAUAAUAUUUUGUUCUAAUUAUCUAACUGAGGGAGCCCAUUCCUUAUAAGCCCGGUGGCUUCUCUUGGGCUUCCUCGCCAUGAGAGUUUAAAUAAUCAAAUUUUAUUUGAUUUGUACAAUUUUUGGCAAACAAAACAAUAAACAAUAAAAAAUAAACAUGGACGAAACUCCCAUGCAGUUUGAACUGCCAGCCACAAGAACCCUCGAAUUCACAGGCAACCGAACAGUGCCGAUUUUGUCGUGUGGUGGAGACAAGCAGAAUUUCACAGUCAUUGCUGCGGGCAUCAGCCGGCAGUAGACCAUAUUCUUUAGCGAUUUGAGAUUUUUCGUUUAAUGCUUCCAUGGUUCGAUGUUCAAUCAAUCUGUGACUGCAGCGCUGUGCAGUCAGCGGUUUGCUUAAGCAAGUCUUUAGCUGUCGCCCCUAUUUUUCUCUUAGGAGCAACCCACCAUUUUGUUUGGCUCUCAUGUAAGAUCUGAGUAGAAAUCGUAGUUUAUCGGAUGUUUGCUGUCUUUUUAAAUGGCCUAAACGGUAAGAAAAGUUCAUGAAGACAGUAUUGUAAGGAACAUUUUUUCGGUUUAUUUUUUUUUUUUGUUUAGGUUUCAAGAUUAGUUAUAGCGAGUAUUCUUUUGUCACACAGAUUGUUAUCUCAGGUAUCAGGAUUGUAAGUUACAUAAGUCAACGGCAUGUGCUGUACCUGACCUGUGAAUAAACAAGUUUUGGCCUUUACGUUAUUUGUCCGCAAAUCAUCUCAUCCUGUGCACGAUGAUUAUUCGGUCAAGAAACAGCCUAUAUAUUAGCACUGCUGUUGUUUUAGAAUUUCCUGAAUUAUUAAAAUGAAUUACAAAAUGUUAUUGAAACCUUAGCGAGUUAAAUGAAUGUAAGCAUAUUUGUCAUCGUGAUCAGUUCAUUUUUUAUAUUACGCUUUUAGUGUUUUAUAAUGCCAACAAGUCUAAGUUACUGACUUUAAUAAAAAAGAAUUCAUAUGUUCAACUGUUCUACAAACUGUCUUUGUCCUGUUCGCAUCACAACUAACGGCAGCACUUCCCUUCUCAAUGACAACUUCUAGUCCUAGCAGUUAAUGCCAAUGGAGAAAAACUACCGCCAAAAGUCAUUUUCAAACGUGUUCGUCAGCUGCAAAUCCAAAUAGAAUGCAGGUCUCAGUACACAAGAAAGGAUCGAUGGAUGAAGAAGGUAUUUUUCUUUUGUUGUUUAUUCUCCGUAAAUCUUUCGACUGAACAGUUGUUCAGCGUGGGGAUUGUCAGAUUUGUGACAUCAUUCAUAUCACGUUUUCAAAGCACGUGCGCUAUAACUUACAAUUUCGAUAUCAGUCAUCAGAUAACAAGUACAUUCUAACUAGUUUUUGCCGUAGGCCUAGUCAAAGUUGUUGCUUUCUUUUUCUUUUGUAGGAACAAGACUGGAUUGGGAAAAAUCUUUGAUUCACACCAUCAGUGAGCACUUUUGGUAUGGGAUUCUUUUCGUGGUCAUUUAACCGACACUGUCAAGGACCUCCUUGCAAGACGAAAUGUUGACAUUGCGGUUAUUCCCGGUGGCCUGACACCAGUUUUGCAGCCCCUUGACAAGUGCAUUAACAAGCCUUUCAAAGCCAAGCUCCGAAUUCUCUAUGAAACACGGAUGGUAAAUGGCCCGUUCACGUACACCCUGUCCGGAAAAAAGAGAGCCCCAAGCAAAGAACUGGUGUUGACCUGAAUCAAUCGUGCUUGGAAUGAGAUCCCUACAGAUUUAAUUCAGAAAUCGUUCAAGUCCUGUGGAAUCACUAACACACUGGAUGGCUCAGGAGAUGACGCAGUUUGGGAUGAAGAGAAUGAAGAGGACAAUGGAGGUUGUCGACAAUGA